AUGUUCCACCUAAUUAAGAAAGACAAGGACAAGGAGAAGGACAAGGAAAAGGACCAGGGAAAGAAGGAAAAGAAAGACAAGAAAGAAAAGAAAGAACGCAUGUCUCAAGCCGAGUUAAAAAGCCUAGAGGAGAUGGGUAUACGAAGAGGCCUCUUCAACCUUAACCGAGGGAGCUCCAAAAGGGAUUCUCGGAGCAAGUUGGAGAUCUCUAACCCUAUCCCAAUUAAGGUGGCUACCAGUUCAGAGUUAAGCCUGACAAACCUGGAGACUGAGCAGCCUCACGACAUCCCAGAGCAGGCUUCAGGGCAAACGAGUGUAAACGUAUCCGACGAUGAGAUGGCGGGAAAUGUACCUGAUCAUCAUCGCAGCUCUGUGAAGGAGAGAGCCGCCAAGUUUGGGCAAUUGGCUAAAACAAAUUCCAUGGUGAGCCAAAGGCGGGCACCGUUACCUCCGAUGAGUGCAGAGUCCAGGGCUUUAGACGCCUCGGACCUCUCCGGCCAAAACGGGUCGGUUUGUUUUUCGAAUGCCAGCCCCCACCCAACGAGCCCCGUCGUGGUUGAAAUCCCCGAGAUGGUGGAGAAGACCUUUCCUGGGGCGGACCUGCAGCUGCCCCUGCUCGUGGCUCCACCGACUCCAGACCCGAGAGAGCUGGAGAUUCAGCGGCGCAGCACGGGGGACUUCGGCUUCUCUCUGAGGAGAACCACCAUGCUGGAGAGGCAGCCGGACGGAGGGGUGUGCCGGCGCGUGGUGCACUUCGCCGAGCCGGGCGCCGGGACCAAGGACCGGUCUUUGGGGCUGGUGCCGGGAGACCGGCUGGUGGAAAUCAACGGCACCAACGUGGAGAGCAAGAGCAGGGAUGAAAUAGUGGAGAUGAUCCGUCAGUCCGGAGAGUCGGUCCGGCUGAAGGUUCAGCCGAUUCUGGAGCUGAGCGAGCUGAACCGCAGCUGGUUGAGGAGCGCCGAAGGCCUGCACAAAGAGCUCAUUGACCCACAGGCAGUCGCUAAACCCGGGCAAGAUGCAGCAAGUGAGCCGCAGUCUACUGCUCCAGCAGCUGAGAAGCCCGCUAGUAACGCUGCCCCGGGAGGCCCCGACACUACAGGGGAGGAGGAGAGCACGAGUGGCAAAAAGGUGGUGAGGGUUGUGAGGAGAGUGGUGAGGCGGGUGGUUCCUGCUGGGACAGAAGUGCAGAGCCAGCCCACCGUUUCCAGCCCUGCCGCAGACCCGACGCCCACGAAAGCCAAAGCAGCCGGGGAGGAUAAUGACGAUAUAUCCACGGGGCUGACCAACCUCAUGGGCAGAGGCAGGAUCAAGGAGCACCGGCCUCGCACUCGCACCCAGGACCGUAAAGAGGACGUGAAAGAGGAAGUGAAAGAGGAGGCGAAGCAGAAGGAAGAGGAGGUGAAGCAGAAGGAAGACCCAGGAAAGGUGGAGGCUAAGGAAGAAAAUAAACCAACAGAGGAGGCCACUGUGGCAUCAACUGCAACAUCCUCAAACCCUGAGCUAAAGUCUAACCCCCUAACCCCUCCAGCCGGGUUCAUCCCUCCAUCCAAACCCAACCCUUUGAUCCCACCAGCUGGGUUCAUCCAUCCAUCCAAGACCAACCCUUUGGCUCCACCCGCUGGGUUCCUCCAUCCAUCCAAGACCAACCCUUUGUCCCCUCCAGCUGGGUUCAUCCCUCCAUCCAAACCCAACCCUUUGGCCCCGCCCGCCGGGUUCAUCCCUGCACCCAAACAAAAUGCGUUCUCUCCUCCACCUGGCUUCAUCCCAGCCAAAAAAUCUAGCCCAGAUCCUCCAAAACAGAAUCCCCUGGCAAGACCUCCGGGGUUCAUCCCUGCCCCCAAGUCGGAUCCUUUGGCUCCCCCGGCAGGGUUCAUACCAAAGCCUCGUCUGUUCGGUGUGAAGAAACCAGAGGCUCCAGAGCUUAUACCUUCUGAUGAAGACUACAAGCGCGUGAUGAAGAUCUUCUCUCUUGAUGGAAAUAAUUCCGAGCUUGUUGGGGACCCAGUGGCUAUCCUUCAGGCAGCACACUCAGCUGCAACUCUGCAGGGAAAGACCGAGGAGCAGAUAAGAGCAGAGAAGGCCUGGUAUGAGACAGAAAAAGUAUGGCUUGUUCACAAGGAUGGAUUUUCCCUGGCAACUCUCCUGAAGACGGAGCCGGGCAGCCUGCCUGAGGGGAAGGUGAAAAUCCGCCUGGAGAGUGAUGGAUCUUUAUUGGACGUGGAUGAAGACGAUGUUGAGAAGGCAAACCCUCCACUCUUUGACCGAGUGGAGGACUUGGCCUCGCUGCAGUAUUUGAAUGAGUCUAGCGUGAUGCAUUCCCUUCGACAACGGUAUGGCAGUAACCUGAUGCACACCCACGCCGGGCCCAACAUGGUGGUCAUUAACCCCAUUAGUGCCCCCUCUAUGUAUUCUGAAAAGGUCAUGCAGAUGUUUAAGGGCUGCAGACGGGAGGACACCGCCCCUCACAUUUACAGCAUAGCACAGGCUGCCUACAGGAACCUCCUGACCACUCGCCAGGAUCAGUCCAUUGUUUUGCUCGGCAAGAGUGGAAGUGGCAAGACCACCAGUUGUCAACAUGUCGUCCAGUAUCUGAUUACCAUUGCUGGAAGCACUAAUAAGUCCUUCUCAUCGGAGAAAUGGCAGGCGGUCUAUUCAGUAUUGGAAGCUUUUGGGAACGCUUCCACCUGCAUGAAUGGAAAUGCAAGUCGCUUCUCCCAUGUUGUUUCCUUGGACUUUGACCAGGCAGGCCUGGUGACGUCAGCCUCUAUCCAGACCAUGCUACUGGAGAAGAUGAGGGUGAUGAGAAGACCAGAAGGAGAGUCCACCUUUAAUGUCUUUUACUACCUGAUGGCUGGGAUAGAUAGCUCUCUCAGAACUGAGCUGCACCUUAACCACUUUGCUGACAACAAUGCGUUUGGAAUCAUGCCACAAAUGAAGACGGAGGAUAAGCAGCGGGGCUCUCAGCAGUUUUCCAAGUUGCAAGCAGCCAUGAAAGUUCUGGGGAUCAGUAAUGAUGAACAAAAGGCCCUGUGGCUCAUCCUUGGAGCCAUCUACCAUCUUGGGGCUGCAGGAGCAACCAAAGCUGGCAGGAAACAAUUUGCACGUCACGAGUGGGCCCAAAAGGCUGCCUACCUGCUGGGCUGCUCCCUGGAAGAGCUUUCCUCCUCCAUCUUCAAGCAUCAGGCCAAGGGCACCCUGCCCAGAGCCAGCACCAUCCGCCAGGCUUCUGACGAAAAUGGCUCAGCAGAUGCAGGAUCCAAAGCUACAGCCAUGGAGUGCUUAGAGGCCAUGGCAUCUGGGCUCUACUCUGAACUCUUCACUGUCAUAAUUACUUUGAUAAACCGGGCCUUGAAAUCCAGCCAGCACUCCCUGUGCUCCCUGCUCAUCGUGGACACACCAGGCUUUCAAAACCCCAGGCUAGCUAAACGGGAGUGCGGCACAACCUUUGAGGACCUUUGCCACAACUACACCCAGGAACGUCUCCAGAGCCUUUUCUACCAGCGCACCUUUGUUCAGGAACUGGAAAGAUACAAAGAGGAGAACAUUGAGCUUUCCUUAGAUGACACGGAUCCCAGCCCAUCUCUUUCAGUGGCGGUGGUAGACCAGACGUCAAGCCAAGCAAUAGUGCGCAGUGUUAGAACAGAUGAGGCACGCGGGCUGCUGUGGCUGAUGGAGGAGGAGGCAUUACAGCCUGGAGGAUCAGAGGAAACGCUCUUGGGACGUCUCUUUAGCUACUAUGGACCAGCUGAGGGCGAGAGUAAAGGUCACACCUUUCUUUUGAGGAGUGAGAAGGAACAUCACUUUCUGCUCGGCCACAGUCAUGGGAGUGACUGGGUGGAGUAUGAUGCUCAUGGGUGGUUAAACUACGCCAAACAGAAUCCCGCCUCAGCCAAUGCUUUGAACCUACUGCAGGACUCUCAAAAGAAGAACAUCAGCUCACUGUUCAUGAGCCGGUCAGGUGGCGCUGCUGUUCUGUCCGGUUCCAUUGCUGGACUUGAGGGUGUCUCCCAGCUGUCCCUGCGAAGGGCCUCUAGCAUGAGGAAGACUUUCACCACAGGGGUGGCUGCUAUCAAGAAAAAGUCACUGUGCAUUCAGAUAAAACUUCAAGUGGAUGCUCUUCUUGACAUGGUACGGAGGUCAAGGAUUCACUUUGUUCACUGCAUAUUGCCCAAGGCAGACGCCCUGAAGGCUCUUAGUGGAUCUCUGUUCAAAGGAGGGGAAAGUGAGGCUCAAGGGGAGACAGGAGAUUCUAGCUUAAUGCAGCUAGAUGUGGCCUUGCUUCGUGCUCAGAUACGUGGAUCCAAGCUGCUUGAUGCUCUAAGGAUCUACAGGCAAGGUUACCCUGAUCACAUGGUGUUCUCUGAGUUCCGACGGCGCUUUGAUGUGCUUGCUCCGCACCUCACCAAGAAGCAUGGGAGGAAUUACAUUGUAAAGGAUGAAAAGAGAGCUGUGGAGGAGCUCCUGGAGUCCCUGGAUUUAGAGAAGAGCAGCUUCCAUAUGGGUCUGAGCAGGUUGUUCUUUAGAGCUGGGACUCUGGCUAAGCUGGAGGAACAGAGGGAUGAGCAGACCAAGCGUAAUCUAACCUUGUUCCAAGCUGCCUGUAGAGGUUACCUUGCACGGCAAGCCUUCAAAAAGAGAAAGAUCCAAGAUCUAGCAAUCAGGUGCAUACAGAAAAAUAUCAAGAAGAAUCACGGCGUGAAGGACUGGCCAUGGUGGAAGCUCUUCACAACAGUCCAGCCCCUCAUUAAGGUCCAGCUCACAGAGGAGCAGAUGCAAAGCAAAGACGAGGAGAUACAGCAGCAAAAAGUCAAGCUUGAAAGAGUGGAGAAAGAGCGGAAUGAGCUGAGGCUGAACUCGGAUCGAUUGGAGAGCAGGAUUGCAGACUUGCUGGCAGAGCUUGCUGAUGAGAGGAGCGCAUGUGAGUCAGCUACCCAGUUGCUGGAGACUGAGACUUCAGAGAGACUCCGCCUGGAGAGGGACAUGAAAGACCUACAGGCAGUUAAGUUUGAAGCUAUGAAGAAACAGUUAGAUGCCCAGGAAAUGGAGGUGAUGGAAGCACGGCUUAUGAAAACAUCAGAGCUCAAUGGAGAGUUUGACGACGACGAUGAUUCUGGAGGCGAGUGGCGAAUAAAAUACAGUCGAGCGGUUCGGGAAAUGGACUUUACCAAAAAGAAACUCCAGCAGGAGUUUGAUGACAAGCUAGAGGCUGAGCAGCAGAGCAAAAGGCAACUUGAGAGAAAGCUGGAUGACUUGCAGACAGAUAAUGAGGAUGUGCAGCGCUCUGUUCAGCAGCUGAAGAAGAAGUGCCAGAAGCUGACUGCUGAGCUACAGGACACCAAGCUUCAUCUGGAGGGCCUGCAGAGCCGCAACCAUGAUCUGGAGAAGAAACAGAGGAAAUUUGACCUGGAGCAGAACCAAUCUCAGGAUGAGGUACAAAGAGAAAAGACCCAGCGGGAAAAGCUGGCCCGAGAGAAGGACUUAAUGACUGGUGAGAUAUUUAACCUCCGCCAGCAGCUGCAGGACAAGGAUACAGAACUGUGCGCAACAAAUGUGAAAGUGCAGCAGCUUGAGGCAGAGCUGCAGGAUCUAUCCUCCCAGGAGUCCAAGGAUGAGGCCUCACUGUCCAAGGUGAAGAAGCAGCUGCGUGAUCUCGAGGCAAAGGUGAAAGAUCAAGAGGAGGAGCUUGACGAACAGGCUGGAACCAUCCAGAUGCUGGAACAGGCUAAGCUGCGGCUUGAGAUGGAGAUGGAGAGGCAGCGGCAGACCCACUCAAAGGAGAUUGAGAAUAAGGAUGAGGAGGUGGAAGAAAUCAGGCGGUCCUGCAAUAAGAAGCUGAAGCAGAUGGAGGUGCAGCUGGAGGAGGAGUACGACGACAAGCAGAAAGUCUUGCGUGAGAGGAGAGAGCUGGAAUCCAAACUGCUGAUUGCACAGGAUCAGGUGGGCCAGAGGGAUGUGGAAACGGAAAAGAGGUUGAAGAAAGACUUGAAGAGAACCAAAGUCCUUCUGGCUGAUGCACAGAUUAUGCUGGACCACCUAAAGAGUAACGCCCCCAGCAAGAGGGAGAUCACCCAGCUCAAAAACCAGCUGGAGGAGUCAGAGUUCACCUGUGCUGCAGCAGUGAAAUCUCGGAAGAGCAUGGAGAUUGAAAUAGAGGACUUGCAUAUCCAAAUGGAUGAUGUGGUCAAAAACAAGAUGUCGUUAGAAGAGCAGGUCAGCCGUUUCCAGAGAGAGAAAAAUGAGCUGCAGUCUCGCAUGGAGGAGGAUCAAGAAGACAUGAACGAGCUGAUGAAAAAGCACAAAGCUGCAGUAGCACAGUCUGCCAGAGACUUGAACCAGAUCAGUGACCUGCAGGCCCAGCUGGAAGAAGCCACAAAGGAAAAGCAGGAGAUCCAAGAAAAGCUCCAUUCGCUACAGAGCCAGUUGGAGUUCCAAGAACAGUCCAUGGUGGAAAAGUCGCUUGUUAGCCGCCAAGAAGCCAAGAUUCGUGAGCUGGAGACUAAACUAGAGUAUGAGAAGACACAGAUUAAACGCUUAGAGAGCCUUGUGGGACGCUUGAAGGAGAAUCUAGAAAAGAUGACAGAGGAGAGAAACCAACGCAUCGCGGCAGAAAACAGGGAGAAGGACCAGAAUAAGCGCAUGCAGAGGCAGAUAAGGGACAUGAAAGAAGAAAUGUCAGAGCUGUCCAAGAAAGAGUCUGAAGCAAGCCGCAAGAAACACGAGCUGGAAAUGGACAUUGAGAGCUUAGAGGCAGCAAAUCAGAGCUUACAAGUGGACCUUAAACUGGCAUUCAAGAGGAUAUCGGAUCUGCAGGCUGCCAUAGAAGAUGAGAUGGAGAGUGACGACAAUGAUGACCUCAUCAACAGUUUGCAAGACAUGGUGACAAAAUAUCAGAAAAGAAAGAACAAAACUGGGGACGAGACAGAAACCGAUUCAGAAGUGGAAGAUCGUGUGGAUGGAGUCAAGUCUUGGCUCUCAAAAAACAAAGGCUCCACCAAGACCCUAUCAGAUGAUGGUAGUUUAAAGAGCACCAGAUAUGCAGCAAAUGCAGAUGUCAAGGAGAUGAAAGAAGGUAAGGAGAAGAUGAAUGACGGAAGUAAGGAUGGGAAGGAUAUAGAGCAGAACAGAUCUGUGUCUGUCAUGAGUUCCCUGAGCUACAGGAAACGCUCAAAUCUGAAGGACUCCAUUGGGGGUACAGGAGAUGAGAGCUCUCUGUUUAGUACUCUCAAAGAACAGUCGGACACACCAGACCAUAUUGCCAUUCGCAAAGCCAAGUCAAAGCCCGGGGAUCUCCUGGAGGACAGGAGGAAGAGUCAGGUCGAGGAGGAUCUAGAUGACAAGGGCUCCGUGAUCUCCAUGGCCUAUUCUGAAGCCACCAGCAGAGCCAGGAAGGGAUUAGAGUCCCGCUGGACCUCCCGCAGCAGCCCUGAGUUUGACAGGGAGUCCAUGGUGUCCUCGGUGGCUCCCAGCAGGAUGUCCACCAGAGGGGGAAUGCUGGACAUGGACGACGACAACAAGUCGACCAUCAGCAGCGUGAGCCGGUCCAGCCCCCGUUCGCUGCGUCGGAGCAGCUCUUGGAAAGACGAGAAACGCAGCACCUCCCGCUUGUCCGUGGCCCGUAGCUGCGGCCUCAGCGAAUUUGGGCUGCACGUGGAUGACGACGACGACAGCCAGAGUGUGGCUUUUGGAGAAAGUCGAAUUUCGCCGUACAGUCCCCGCUCCACAGCCCGCAGCUAUUCCACCCCACCUCAGCCAAGGCCCUCAGAGGGCAAUCUGCCCGACAUGUCGGACAUCAAAUUGGUCACCCAUCGAAACUACCUGGACCCUGACCUGGAGGCUGCCAUAAAUGAAGUGCUUAGCUUCAAACCCAUCAAGUUCAAGCGCAGCAAACUGGACGACUCUAGUGGUGAGGAGGAGGAGAGCAAGAAGGGAGAGGGAAGCGAGGACAGGGUGAAGAAAGGAGGGGACGAGGAUUUGCCCUGCAGCACGUCCAGCAUGCUCAGGUCUUCAUCAAGCUGCUCUCAGGAUUACCGGAAACGGCAUUCAAGCGCCUCCCGAAGUCGCAAAGAUAAAAAAAGUAAAGUGUCAUCGUCUUCCUCCUCUUCUUCAUCGUCGUCGUCCUCCUCAUCCUCAGAUGAUCGCCACAGCCGAAAGAGUAAAAAGGGGAAAAAGGAGAAGAAGCCCAAGAAGAAGUCAAAAAAGAAAAAAAGUGAGUCCGAGGAUUCCUCUUCCUCCUCGGAGUCGUCCGAGUCCUCUUCAGGCUCAACUAUCUCCUAUCGAAGUUCCAGCAGUGUUAAAAGGGCUCCUAAACCAUCUUUAGAUGAUGAGAAGGAUCGUGAAACGCCCAGCAAGACUGAUUCCAAGAAGAAAAAAAAAAAGGUUGAUAGUCUGGUGAUGAAGUACCUCUACAGAGCCGACAGUAACUGA